GCCACGGCAAACCAUUCUCAUCCUUCCAGGGGUGUGAUCUUCUCCAGUUUCCAAUUUUUUAAACCUACCAAAGGUUGUUUGAAAACACUGCUCUCUGUACUAAGGCGAAGAAGCCAUACAAAAAUUGAUCUAUGUGUUGUGUGCCAAUUAAACCCCAGUAAAGCUAUGCAAUUUGAUACAUUACACCCGAGAGCUGGCGGGCGGGGAAAGAGAGACGUGUUUCCUUUGCUAUUAACAAGGACUAGUAGAUCGGUCAACCGCCACCCUCAUUUUCCGCAGUAUAAUUACCAGGUUCAGGUGGCGGAGAAUCAGUCUCCAGGGACUCCUGUAAUUUCCAUUAUUGCAACAGACCCAGAUUCUGGAGAGGCUGGAAGGCUAUAUUAUUCUAUGACUUCCUUAAUGGACAGUAGAUCUAUGGGUUAUUUCGCCAUUGAUGCUAAGAGAGGAUUGAUUUCAACCACCAAGAGUCUGGACAGAGAGAGCAUGGACCUACACUAUUUUCGAGUUACUGCUGUAGACCAUGGUCUCCCUCAUCUCUCUGCUACCACCAUGAUAUCCAUUACAGUGACUGACAUGAAUGACCACGAUCCAGUGUUUGAGCAAACUGAAUACAGGGAGACAAUCCGGGAAAAUGUGGAGGAAGGCUACCCAAUUUUGCAACUCCGAGCCACAGAUACUGAUGCCCCGUCCAAUGCGAACAUCAGGUAUCGAUUUGUGAAUCAGCAAGCUGCGCAAUCGGUGUUCGAGAUCGAUGCCAGGUCCGGGUUGAUUACUACCCGUGGGCCUGUUGAUAGAGAGCAGGUUGAGAAAUAUUCCCUGAUCGUAGAGGCCAAUGACCAAGGUAGGGACCCAAGUCCUAAAAGUGCCACUGUAAAAGUUUACAUCACUGUCUUGGAUGAGAAUGACAAUGUGCCACAAUUUAGUGAGAAGAGGUACAUCAUCCAGGUGAGGAGGACUCAGGCACACACUCAGAUCCUGCAGGUGAUGGCCACAGAUAUGGACAAAGACAAUAAUGCCCUCGUCCAUUAUAACAUAAUUAGUGGUAAUAGCAGAGGACAGUUCUCCAUAGACAGUGUCACUGGUGAGAUUGAGGUGGUGGCACCCUUAGAUUUCGAGAUGGAGCGUGAAUAUGCCCUGCGUGUCCGUGCUCAGGAUGCAGGUCGCCCACUGUCCAAUAACACUGGAAUGGUCAGCAUUCAACUGGUGGAUGUUAACGAUCAUUCACCCAUCUUUGUGAGCACACCAUUUCAAGUGUCAGUGCUUGAAAAUGCACCACUAGGACAUUCUGUGAUCCACAUCCAAGCAGUAGAUGCAGAUUAUGGUGAAAAUGCUCGGCUGGAGUAUAGACUGACGGACACUGCCCCAGAUACACCUUUUGUGAUCAAUAGUGGAACUGGCUGGGUCACAGUGAGUGCACAGUUAGAUCGUGAAUCGGUUGAGUACUAUUUCUUUGGGGUAGAAGCCAGAGAUCACGGCUCUCCCUUAUCUGCUUCAGCAAGUGUUACUAUCACUGUAAUGGAUGUCAAUGAUAAUCGGCCAGAAUUUACACAGCAGGAGUAUUUUAUCCGUUUGAAUGAGGAUGCAGUAGGUACAAGUGUGGUGACUGUGACUGCAGUGGAUCGAGAUGUGAAUGGUGUGGUUAUGUAUCAGAUUACAGGUGGGAAUACAAGGAAUCGCUUUGCUAUCAGCACUCAAGGUGGGGUAGGUUUCAUCACAUUGUCAUUGCCACUGGAUUACAAGCAGGAGAGACGCUAUGUCCUGACGAUUGCUGCCUCUGACCGUACACUACAUGACACAUGUCAGGUGCAUAUCAAUAUUACAGAUGCAAACACACACCGGCCUGUGUUUCAGAGUGCACAUUACUCUGUGAAUGUGAAUGAAGAUCGGCCAGUUGGCAGCACUGUAGUUGUAAUAAGUGCUUCAGAUGAUGAUGUUGGGGAAAAUGCACGGAUUACCUAUUUCUUGGAGGACAACAUUCCCCAAUUUCGAAUUGAUCCUGAUUCGGGUGCAAUAACGCUGCAGACAGAGCUUGAUUACGAGGAUCAAAUGACUUAUACAUUGGCCAUCACUGCCAAAGACAAUGGAAUUCCACAGAAAUCCGAUACAACUUACGUGGAACUCAUGGUUAAGGAUGUCAAUGACAAUUCCCCAAUGUUUGUAAAUGCUCGCUAUCAGGGUUCUGUCUCUGAGGAUGCCCCACCUUUCACUAGUGUGCUGCAGAUUUCGGCUACUGACCGAGACGCCCAUGCAAAUGGUAGGGUCCAAUAUACCUUCCAGAAUGGAGAGGAUGGCGAUGGGGACUUCACCAUUGAGUCAACAUCAGGAAUCAUCCGCACAGUGCGAAGGCUUGACCGUGAGAGCGUGCCAAUUUACGAUUUGACCGCCUAUGCAGUUGAUCGGGGGAUUCCUGCACGCAGGACUCCAGUGAAUAUUCAUGUGACUGUGCUGGAUGUGAAUGACAAUGCUCCUGUGUUCCCUGAUGAUGAAUUUGAAGUGUUUGUUAGGGAGAAUAGCAUUGUUGGUUCAGUGGUAGGACGUAUUACAGCAACUGAUCCUGACGAGGGAACCAACGCUCAGAUUAUGUAUCAAAUUGUGGAAGGCAACAUCCCUGAGAUCUUCCAGAUGGAUAUCUUUUCAGGAGAGCUCACAGCCCUCACUGACCUGGACUAUGAAACAAAAUCUGAGUAUGUCAUUGUAAUGCAGGCCACGUCUGCACCUCUUGUGAGUCGAGCUACUGUGCACAUUCGCCUGAUUGACCAGAAUGACAACAGCCCCGUCCUGAAGAACUUCCAAAUAAUCUUCAAUAAUUAUAUCUCCAAUAAAUCCAACACCUUUCCUUCAGGAGUCAUUGGCAAGAUUCCAGCCUAUGAUCCUGAUGUUUCCGAUCGGCUUUUCUACACUUUUGAACGAGGGAAUGAGCUGAGUUUGAUAAUUCUCAACCAGACGAGCGGAGAGUUACGAUUGAGCCGAAAGCUGGACAAUAAUCGGCCACUGGUGGCCUCCAUGUUGGUUACAGUAUCAGAUGGGAUCCACAGUGUGACGGCUCAGUGCGUAUUGAGAGUUAUUGUCAUUACAGAGGAGAUGCUGACCAAUAGUAUCACGGUGCGCCUGGAGAACAUGUCACAAGAACGUUUCCUUUCUCCUUUACUGAAUCGCUUCGUUGAGGGCCUGGCAGCAGUCUUGUCUGGGCCAAAGGAGGACAUCUUUGUUUUUAACAUCCAGAAUGACACAGAUGUCAGUGGCAGCAUUCUGAACGUCAGUUUUUCUGCUCUGGUGCCAGGAGGGAGUCGGAGUCAGUUUUUCUCCUCUGAAGAUCUUCAGGAACAGCUUUACAUGAAUCGCAUGCUUUUAACCUCAGUCUCCAUGCUGGAGAUCCUCCCGUUUGAUGAUAACGUCUGCUUGCGAGAGCCCUGUGAGAACUACAUGAAGUGCAUCUCGGUCCUCAAGUUCAACAGCUCUGCUGCCUUUAUUGCUUCAGGGUCCAUGCUGUUUCGGCCCAUCCAUCCUAUUACAGGCCUACGCUGCCGCUGUCCGCCAGGAUUUACUGGAGACUAUUGUGAGACUGAAAUAAAUCUUUGUUAUUCCAACCCCUGCCAGAAUGCUGGAGUCUGCAACCGUCGAGAGGGGGGCUACACAUGUGUGUGCCGUGAGAAAUUCACAGGUGAUCACUGUGAAGUGGACAUUCGUUCUGGACGCUGCACUCCGGGUGUGUGCAGAAAUGGUGGAACCUGUACAAAUCUUCCAGAUGGCGGAUUCAAGUGCAAUUGCCCCUCAGGAGGCUACGAAAUGCCGUACUGUGAAGUGACUGCGCGAUCCUUCCCACCAAAGUCAUUUGUGAUGUUUCGUGGUCUGAGGCAAAGGUUUCACAUGACUGUAUCCUUGUCAUUCGCUACAAGAGAAAAUGAUGGCCUCCUGUUCUACAAUGGGCGAUUUAAUGAAAAACAUGAUUUUAUUGUUUUGGAGAUCAUUAAUGGACAGGUCCAGCUGAAGUACUCAACAGGGGAGUCAAUGACUGUGGUAACCCCAUAUCUGCCUGGAGGAGUCAGCGAUGGGCAGUGGCACACAGUACAGGUUCAGUACUACAACAAGCCAAAGAUUGGGACGCUAGGAGUCGCACAAGGUCCCUCAGAGCAGAAAGUGGCAAUCCUGACUGUGGAUGAUUGCGACACCUCCAUUGCUGUCCGUUUCGGGAAUGAUAUUGGAAACUAUUCCUGUGCUGCGGAGGGGAUACAGUCUAGCUCCAAGAAAUCUCUGGAUCUCACGGGUCCUUUGCUGCUGGGUGGUGUGCCGAAUCUGCCUGAGAAUUUCCCAGUGGUAAACCGGGAAUUUGUGGGAUGUAUGAAAGAACUUCACAUUGACAACAAGCGAGUUGACAUGGCAACAUACAUUGCCAAUAAUGGAACCUUUGCAGGAUGCAGUACGAAUCAGCCAUUCUGUGACUCAAACCCAUGCAAGAACGGAGGCACUUGCACAGUUAUUUGGGAUACUUUUCUCUGUGAGUGCCCCCUGGGAUUUGGAAGCAAGGACUGUGGACAAGUCAUGCAUCAUCCCCACCGUUUCCUUGGAAACAGUUUGUUGUCUUGGGAUUUUAAAAAUGAAGUGAAGAUCUCUAUCCCGUGGUUCCUUGGGCUGAUGUUUCGGACCCGUCGUACUGAGGGUGUGCUGAUGCAGGCUCACGCUGGCCAAUACACCACCAUUCUCUGCCAGCUGAACUCUGGACAUUUGUCGUUUGCUGUAAACCGAGGAACGAGUCGGACUGUGAGGCUGUUGCUGAAUCAGGUUCCGUUGAACGAUGGGAAGUGGCACGAUCUUCAACUGGAGCUUCGAGAUGUGAGGAGCGGCAGGGAGACCCGCUACAUAGCAACCAUCACAGUUGACUUUGGAAUGUAUCGGGAUACAGUUGUUGUUGGGAAUGAACUACAUGGCCUGAUGUUGAAGCAUCUUCAGAUUGGUGGGAUUUUAAGAGCUGGCGAGGUGCAGAAUGGAUUGGACGGUUGCAUUCAGGGUAUGCGUCUUGGUGAAACAUCAAUUGGAAUUGCAAUACCAAAGCCAAGUCGCACUAUGAAUGUGGAACCAGGCUGUAACGUCGCUGAUUCAUGUGACUCCAGCUUGUGUUCAACUAACAGCUACUGCAGUGAUGAAUGGCAAACCUUCUCUUGUGUCUGUGAGCCAGGUUAUUAUGGUGAAUCCUGUAUGGAUGCCUGUCAGCUGAACCCAUGUGAAAAUGAGUCAAUUUGCCGUCGCAGGCCCAGUUCCUCCCACGGAUACAUGUGUGACUGUGGAGAGAACCAUUUUGGCCAGUAUUGUGAACACAGAAUUGACCAGCAGUGCCCCAAAGGCUGGUGGGGAAAUCCAACAUGUGGACCUUGUAACUGCGAUGUCAAUAAAGGAUUCGAUCCUGACUGCAACAAGACAAAUGGACAAUGCCUCUGUAAGGAGUUCCACUACCAUCCUGUUGGAAGCGAUGCCUGCCUGCCAUGUGACUGCUAUCCCGUUGGCUCAUUUUCCAGGUCGUGUGAUCAAGAAAUGGGCCAGUGCCACUGUAGACCAGGAGUGAUUGGUCGCCAAUGCAACCAAUGCGAUAACCCUUUUGCAGAGGUCACACCCAAUGGGUGUGAAGUACUAUACGAUCGAUGCCCCAGAUCACUUAGGGCUGGUGUUUGGUGGCCCCGGACUAAAUUUGGUCUCCCAGCUGUUGUGCCGUGUCCCAAAGGUUCUCUAGGGACUGUGAUUCGACACUGUGAUGAGGAACACGGCUGGUUGGAACCUGAUCUCUUUAACUGUACGUCUCCACUAUUCACCCAGCUGGCAGAGACACUGGAAAGACUGGAAAGGAACAAAACUGAACUGAACACUAUUGAGGCAAAGAAGCUUGUGCGCAAUUUGCGAACCAUCACUGAGCAGAUGGAUCACUACUUUGGAAAUGACAUCCACAUCACAUAUCACCUUCUCCUAAAGAUGCUGGAGUUUGAGUGCAUACAACGUGGGUUUAACUUGACAGCGACACAGGAUAUCCACUUUACAGAGAAUCUGCUGAAAACAGGAAGUGCUGCUCUGAAUCCUGAAAACAAGGACCACUGGAGUAUUUUACAGCAGGCAGAUCGAGGGACCGCUCAUUUGAUGGAGCAGCUGGAAAAAUAUGCCGGAACACUGGCCGGAAAUAUGAAACUGACCUAUCUGAAUCCGAUAGCCGUUGUAACUCCUAAUAUCAUGAUGACUAUUGACCGGGUAGAGAAUUACACCAUCAGCAGCAUCAGAAAAAAGCGGUUUCCUCAAUACCACAGUGGGCUCUUCCGUGGCCUGACUAUGUGGGACACACAGACGCACAUUGUAUUUCCAACAUCAGUUUUAUUUCCUUCAAAAGUUCGAGUUGAAAAAACGGAAAGCACGAUCCAGAUGCUGAAUGAAACUAAUGAAAUUCUGCACCAACAAAUGUUGCCGGAGCCUGAACCCACUGUGACCAUUCUGAUCCUCCUUAUUUACCGCACGCUGGGCAGCCUACUUCCUGCACACUACAACACUGACCGCCGAAAUGUGAGACUUCCGAAGCAUCCUGUGAUGAACUCUCCGAUCGUGACCAUCUCCAUCUUCAGCAACAAUACCUUCCUUCAGGGAGUUUUAGACUCGCCAUUGACUUUGGAGUUCCGCCUGCUGGAGACUGUCAAUCGCAGCAAACCUGUGUGUGUCCAGUGGAAUCACUCUAGCCUUUUGGAACCAACUGGUACCUGGACAGCAAAGGAUUGUGACCUUGUUCACAGAAACACAACACAUGUCCGAUGUCAGUGUUCACAAAUUGGCACAUUUGGGGUUCUAAUGGACAGCUCCCAUCGUGAGCAACUGGAAGGAGACUUGGAGACUCUGGCAAUUGUCACCUACUCAACUAUCUCGAUUUCUCUUGCGGCACUGCUUCUCACUUUCUUUAUUCUGGCCUGCCUGAAAGGACCGAAAUCCAACACUCGUGGAAUUCACUGCAAUAUCGUCGCAGCCAUCUUCUGUUCGGAGCUCGUCUUCCUGUUGGGAAUUAAUCAAACAGAAAACCAGUUUCUCUGCACGGUGAUUGCCAUUUUGCUGCACUACUUUUUUAUGGCGACCUUUGCCUGGAUCUUUGUGGAAGGACUUCACAUCUACCGUAUGCAGACUGAAGCUCGCAACAUCAACUAUGGCGCCAUGAGGUUCUAUUAUGCCAUUGGCUGGGGAGUCCCUGCCAUUAUUACAGGGCUGGCAGUGGGCCUUGACCCCGAGGGCUAUGGUAAUCCUGACUUCUGCUGGAUCUCCGUUCAUGACAAGCUGAUCUGGAGCUUUGCAGGGCCAAUCGCUGUUGUUAUCUUGAUGAAUGCUGUGAUGUUCCUGCUGGUGGCAAAAAUGUCCUGCGCCCCGACACGGAAGGAAACAAAGAAGAAAUUCAUGCUUACCACAGUACGAAGCGCCUUUACUCUACUGCUUAUCGUCAGUGCCACCUGGCUUUUGGGGCUGAUGGCUGUCAACAACAGCAUCCUUGCUUUUCACUACCUCUACACUGUUCUGUGCUGUUUUCAGGCUCUGGCUGUCCUGGUGCUGUUCUGUGUCCUGAAUGAAGAAGUACAAGAAGCCUGGAAACCAGCUUGUCUUGGGAAAAAGAGUCAGGGUGACGAUGCAACCCGAGCACCUCAGCCUUCGGGUCCUCACCAAUAUAAUAACACAUCACUGUUUGAGGAGAGUGGACUGCACCGAAUAACACUUGGAACAUCAACAAUAUCGUCAGUAAGCACUGCCCGAUCUGCACGGGCUAACUCCAGCCAGCCUGGCUACCUCAGAGAAAAUCUGUUGGCACGCCAAGGCUCGGCUGUAGAUCAGAGCUUGCUUGGACACACCGGCCCUACAAACCUGGAUGUUGCAAUGUUUCAUCGACCACAUGAUGCAGGAGGAGGCCCUGAUUCUGACACUGACAGUGACCUGUCAUUGGAUGAGGAGCGCAGCCUCUCGUUGGCAUCAUCAGAGAGCGAGGAGAAUGAGCGGUAUCGGGGACGGUUUCCACGGCGAUUUAAGCGAGCAGCAAACAGUGAACGUUUGCUCACUGACCCCCUGCAUACAACUCCUAAAGACUGUGAUGGCAAUGAUUUAAUAUCCUACUGGCCAACACUGGGAGAGUGUGAAGUUCACGCCUGUUCACUGCAGAAGUGGGGCUCUGAGAGAAAACUGGGCCUUGAUUUCAGCAAGGAUGCCACAAAUAACAACCAGCCCGAUAUGUCCAUUGCGAGCGGUGAUGAGAACACAUCAACCCAUCACUUCAAACAAGAGCGACAGAGGAAAGGUAUUCUAAAAAACAGAAUGCAUUAUCCAUCCUCUACAUUGAAGAAUGAAAGUUUAACUUCCAUCAAUAGAAUGCAAAUUGAGUUGCCCUGGUACAAUACUUCAACGUUAGGUCCCAGGAUUGUUCCAGCAGCCUCCUAUGGCCGAAUGUACUCAGGCACUGGAAGUCUGUCUCAACCAGCCAGCAGAUAUUCAUCCCGAGAACAGUUGGAUAUGCUGGUUAGGAGACAGAUGUCACGGGAACAGCUGGAUGCACUGUCCAGCAGGCAAGCAUCCAGAGAACGGCUGGAGACUGUUCCCAGCAGACAUGGGUCCAGAGAACAGCUUGACACAAUCCCAACCAGGCAUGAUUCCAGAGAACAUUUGGAUGCCUUACCUGUUAAACAGAUGUCCAGGGAAUGGUUAAACACAGUACCCAACAGACGGACGCCUGGAGAUCAGAUGGACACUGAACCCAGUCAGCAUGCAUCUAGGGAGCAUUUGGAAGCUCUCUCAAGUAAACAUCCCUCUCAAGAACAUCUAGAUAUAUUGUCUAGAAGACAAGCUUCUAGGGAGCAACUAGGUAUAAUAGGCCGACAACCUUCUCGAGAACAACUCCACUUGUUGUCUAGGAGGUAUUUAUCCAGAGAGCGUCUGGAUGCAAUGCCUAGCAGGCAUCUCUCCAGAGAACAACUGGGCCCAUUUCCUAGAAGACAGCCUUCCACAGAACAAUUAGGACCCUUACCUACGCGGCAGCCUUCUACAGAGCAGUUGGAUGUACUGUCUUCCAUCCUUGCCUCUUUUAAUUCUUCCAUCCUUUCUUCAGCACCUUCCACUACAACUCCUUCUGCCCCCCAGACGACAUGUACUCCCUCUGGGGCACAGACCUCCUCAAUGACCUCAGCCCCAUGUCCUUCAACCCCACAUUCCGCAACAUCACACAGUAUCUCAGAGAUCUCACCAGAUUCAGAAAUGGCAAGAGGUGACACGCAAUCUUGAGACAGCACUGGCUUGCUAUGUUUGAGGCUAAGUCUCUCUCGACGUCGAAGGUACAAGUGGCUCUAAGACUGAACAGAGAUGGAGAAGUAGAACGCAUCAGUCAACCUAACGGCACAUGGAGAAAAUUAAGGGAGGAAUAGGACAAAGGGCCGGCCACAGCCUGGAGAGCCAUUGGGCCAAAAGGUCACUGCACUGCAAAGAACAGGAUUUCCAUCAUUCAAAAAAUAGGUCCAAAUGGAGGACAGAGUAUCGACUCUGAUUUGGACACCAGUACAGGUGCUGGAGGAGCAAAGAAUACUCAACAUUCCAGAUGAGGAGAUUAUUGCAUGUUCACACCUCUCCAAUGAGCUGCCGUCUUCUCUGUAAUCAAGAUCUUCGAUUUUACUCUGCAAACACAACAAACAGAGUAGACUGGUUAGAUGAGGAAGAAAACUCCUUUAGUUUUCUGGUGUUCAGGAACACAUAG